GCGGACGGUGCCGGUACCGGAGGGUCCGUGCGCGGGUCGGGACAGCCGGUACCGGGAGGUGCCUCCCGGCAGCGAUCGUGCCAUGAGUCCCCCCCCGUUGCGGCUGUCACCGGCUUUGCAUCAUGGUCGGAAGCGCGGCCGCUUUUCCCUUGGCUUGGAGGGAGUCCCUGUUUUGUGGACGCUGGACGGACGCGUUCCCGGGAAGCAGGCGCCGGGCGGAGGAGCCCUGAGCGCUGCCUUCAGCGAGACGCUGCCCACAGAGUGAUGCUCUUACCAUGAAAAGGUGCUGUGAGGGCGUGGGGCUGCCAUGCCUCUUUAAGGGUGUCGGCAUGGCCGGGGCCCGGCCGCCCCGGUUCCUCCUGGUCUUUGACUUCGACGAGACCAUCAUCAACGAGAACAGCGACGAGUCCAUCGUGCGCGCGGCGCCGGGGCAGGCGCUCCCGGACCACAUCCGCCAGACCUUCCGCGAGGGCUCCUACAACGAGUACAUGCAGCGGGUCCUGGCCUACCUGGGGGACCAGGGCGUCAAGAUGGGCGCCUUCAAGAGCGUGUACGAGAGCAUCCCGCUGUCCCCCGGCGUGCCAGACCUCUUCCAGUUCCUCUCCAAGCACCACGAGCUCUUCGAGGUCAUCCUCAUCUCCGACGCCAACAUGUUCGGCAUCGAAUGCGCCCUGAAGGCAGCUGGGUUCUACUCCCUCUUCCGCAAGGUCUUCAGCAACCCGGCCAGCUUCGACAAGAGGGGGUACCUCACCCUGGGGCCCUACCACAGCCACAAGUGCCUUGACUGCCCGGCCAACAUGUGCAAGCGCAAGAUCCUGACCGAAUACCUGGCGGAGAGAGCCCAGGAGGAGCUGGAGUUCGAGAGGGUUUUCUACGUCGGAGAUGGUGCCAAUGACUUCUGCCCUGCCGCCGCUCUGACCGCCGCGGACGUGGCCUUCCCACGGAAGGGCUUCCCCAUGCACCGGCUCACCCAGGAGAUGGAGAAGAAGCAGCCGGGAGCCUUCCAGGCCACCGUUGUCCCCUGGGAAUCAGCUGCGGAGGUCGCCCGCUACCUGCAGGAGCUCCUCAAGAAGUGCUGAUGGCUCGGAGGGGAUCUGGGCGCUAGGAGAGGAUGGGAGAGGAGAUGCUGGGGGGGGUCACCCCGUGGA